GGCCCGCCACGUGCCACCAGUGUAAUGGCGGCGCGUCACUAGCGUAAUGGCGGCGCCCGGUGAUCACCGCACGUUUCACAUCGCAGUUACGGUUUACGAGUUUUUUAAAAAAUAAUAAAAUAUUCACAGUAAUAUCCGAAUAUUUGUAAAAAUUCACCGUGACCUGUGCUCUCCUUCUUCUCCUCGGUUAGAAAAACCCACCGAUUCAUGCCCGCUGACGAUGCGCUGUCCGCGAAGGAAACCAAUACACUUAACUCCUGGUGUACUGUUGACCCGAGGAGAUCGCUCGUCUCCGCGAGGCGUGAAUCCGCGCUCGGCGCCGGUUCACCAGAUCCCGCCGUAAACGGCGGCUGGACGAAGCCACGGUGGCUCGUGUGUACGAGGUGAAGAGACGGGCUUGGGACGAGCUUCUGACCAGCCUCGACUCCGAUUCCCUGGGGGCACCCUUACAAGAUGGUAUUGAACAAAUUCCGUCCAUGGGCGCCUUCCGCAACGGAGAGCAUGGACCUUCGGUUCAUGGAGGAGGUUGUCGGCACUCUGUUCCCGGGAGCGGCGAACGAGGAAGAGGGCAGGUUCACCGAUGAGGAAGAGCAGGAGCGUCAACCGCCGGAAGUUGGAGCCCGGAAUCGAGGGUCACCGAGGAAGAAUUGACCUAGGCUGUAGGGAGGCUCGGAGCGCGGAAAGCUCCGGGUCCCGACGGAGUCCCAGCCCGCCUGUGGAAGGACGUCGCCGGGGUCUUGCCCUGAGAUUAAUACGUCUGUUCGACAGAUGCCUGUCUCGGGGCGAAUUCCCCGUCUUGUGGAAGGAGGGACGGAUGGUCCUGCUGCCGAAGCCGGGAUGGUCUUCGUACUCGCCUUCCGUCUUUCGGCCGGUAUGCCUUUUGGACGAGGCUGGCAAGCUACUGGAGAGAGUGGUAGCUGCCCGCCUCGAGUCGCAUUUGUCUGGAAGUGUUCUCGGACUGCACGACAGCUAGUUUGGCUUUCGGAGGGGGCGGUCUACGGCCGACGCUGUCGCCCGUGUCCGUUCCUUGGCCAAGGGGGUCGAGCAGCGUGGUUGCGUGGCAUUGGCCGUGUCGCUGAACGUGGUCAACGCUUUCAACAGUAUCCCCUGGAACAAGAUAUGCCGGGCCCUCGAGUUUCAUUGGGUACCCGCGUACCUGCGGCGUGUGGUCCGGGCGUUCCACCGGGACCGGAGUAUCGUCUACACCGUUCGCGGCGGGGGGAUGGCAGAUAGGGCGGUGUACUGCGCGGGGUCCUGCAGGAUUCUGUGUUGGGUCCGUUGCUGUGGAACAUCGCGUACGACGCGGUGCUUCCCCCGGACUCGGCAUUGGCGUGCUACGCCGACGACACCGUCAAUUCACAUCAAUUCACAUCAGAGACCAGGCCACACACCGCGGGCAGGAUGGCACCCAGAUGUCUGCACAUCCUUGACGCGUACCCUCAAUAGUCUUAAGUACUCACCAGGGGUCUUGCAAUUUUCAUAGUUAAGGUCCCUCAGACCAAGCGAGUAUCUCUUGUCUUACAUUUCCUUUUACGUUUAUUGUUUACUACGGAAAGUCGGUUUUCCUCACUUCUGGUAUAUUCCGUUGGCAACUUUCUCACGAGGGCGGUUGAAACCCUUCCUGGUCCACCAACCGUCUUAUUAUCCAAUCGGAGACGGUGUCUACUGCCCUCACUUCCUUAACCAAAAUUAACAUCAACAAAUCCGAUAGAUCCGUGUCCUCAGACACGCCCACACCUACUUUCCUCGGAUACAGUAUCGUCAGUACGUCUUAUACGUACUGAUUGCUCCAUGCAUUAACCUCGAGUACAACUUAGACGCUAACGAAGAGUAAAGUUCGUCAUCCCGUUGACCGCGGAUUCGUUAUCGAACCUGAGGCCAUUGUCAUUAGUGUCGCGAGUACCUAGACGUUGUGGUUAACUACCAACGCUGUAAUAUCUCUACUUGUGUUAAUAAAUUGUACCUUUGUUCUAACGCAUCGAUGGCUAAUUCCAGUGAAGGUUCAUUGAACACCCCUAACCCUAAUCCUAACUGCAACCCGACAUCAGAAGUGGGAUCAGGGCAGUUAACUAUGCAACAGCAUAUAGCCAUCUUGCGUGAGUUAGUUCAGACGCUAGUGCAAAAAUCGAGUGAGGAAACUAAAAAUUUAUCGCUUCCGCGCUUUAAUCCUGGUAUCGCGGGUUCCGACCCAGCUGCAUGUUGCGCGGUUGUUAAUCUGAUCUUGGAAGAAAAUCCUUUACGGGGCAGUGCGUUAUUUUUUGCUCUAGAAGGUUCUGCAACACAAUGGCUUUCGCAAGUACCUGUUGCUCAAGAUGUUACCUGGUCAAAGUUUAAGGUCAUUUUUAUUGCACGUUUUGGUGGCAAAGAAACAGCUACCUCAGUACUAAUGAAGAUGUCCAAUGAAAAACCACUGAAGGACGAAACCACGGGAGCUUUCGGCAUUCGUAUCCGUUCCUUCCUGAAGGCGAAGUGGGAAAAUUUAACUUUGGUUGAGGUAAUCAACGCCUCCGUCGUUUUUCAAUUGGCUUCACUAGACCAGCGUAUUGAACGGAUAGCACUUCAAGCGAUAUCAAGACUGAAGAUCAAUUCCUGAAUGAAAUGGGAGCUUUCUACUACGCGAAGAAGAGGCCGGCGUCUUCGUCAGACAACUCCUCAGCGGGUCCUGAAGCUAAACGACAUAAGCCUUUUGAGUCCCGGAAUAGGUGCUACCACUGUCGUAACUAUGGACAUAAAGCACCCGAGUGCCGAAAGAGGAUAAAAUCGGAGACGGAGAAGUACAGAGAAAAACCGAUCGGCCACAUCGUCGAAGGUGUCCUGCUACAAGUGUAACGAGGAGGAGCAUAUCACGCCUAAUUGCCCAGUGUUGCGGAAAGGAAACCGUACUUCCAAGGAUGAGCGCCGGGUUGACUCCUGUGUGGUGGAGGCCCCAACUGAUAGAUUAAGUCAUCUGGGUGAGUCGUUCCCAUUUUGCUUCGAUUCUGGAGCCGAAUGUUCAUUGAUUAAGGAAUCCGCAGCCUCGAAAUUUUCCGGCAAAAGAACGACCGAUAUAAUAGUAAUGCGAAGAAUAGGGAAUACAUGUGUUAAGAGUACAUCUCAGAUUUUGUCCACUAUAUGUAUUAACGGUUUUGCAUUGGAGAUAACUUUUCACGUCCUGACCGAUAAGCUAUUUAAAACAUGAUAUCAUGAUUGGUCGCGAGAUUUUAAGCCAAGGUUUUGACGUACAUAUUACGCAAAAUAGCCUCGUUAUCAGUAAACCAAAGAUAAUUAAUGCCUGUAGUAAAACUACGGAAGAUGAGAUCGAUAUUAACAUGAUCGACACUGAUGUAAUUAGUAACGAUAAAAGUCGAUUAAUAUCCGUUUUCGAAAAAUUCAAAGAUUCUUUCAUUACGGGUUUUCCACGCACUCGCGUAAGUACGGGCAAGUUGGAAAUACGGUUAAUUGAUCCUAACGUCACCGUACAGAGAAGCCCUUACAGACUUAGUGAAGAAGAGUGAAGAAUAGUACGUGAGAUUAUAGGCGAACUAAUUAAAGCCAACAUUGUAAGGCCUAGCAAUUCAUCGUACGCGAGCCCUAUGUUACUCGUGAAGAAGAAGGACGGCUCAGAUAGAUUGUGUGUAGACUUUCGAGAGUUAAAUAAAAAUACGGUCGCGGAUCGGUAUCCCCUGCCUCUUACUCCGGAUCAAAUCGCAAGACUGCAACAGGCGAGAUACCUUAUUAGCCUAGACAUGACCACCGGGUUUCACCAAAUCCCCAUUCAUCCUAAUUCGACGGAGUACACAGCGUUCGUUACCCCCGACGGACAAUAUGGAUACAUAACGAUGCCGUUUGGACUGAAAAAAAUGCAUCGUCCGUUUUUCAGAGGGCCAUUCUCAAUGCCUUAGGCGACAUCGCUUAUUCAUAU